AUCCACGUAUUUGAUCAACACAGGGUACACCCGCAUGGCCUAGCUCUCUAGGUUAUGAAACGAUAACCUGGGGCACGAUGCCCUCCAAGAAAAUGCAAUGGGACUUUAGGUUUUGCUGAAUUUUUCCACUGUAGAAUGGAUAAAUCAAUCAUCAGUAAACGCUUGCAGUGCAAGAACCUAUUCGAGUAUUUAAACACGCUUCCUGUGGCAGUGUUAGAUGGCUUGUAUUGUCACCCUUCGACCUGUAUGGCAGUGUUUAGGGGCUUACCAGCCAUUGCAAAACAGUAUGUUAUGCGAACAUUGUUUACAGACCAGCCAAUUCCGGAGCCAUUUGUUGCCACUUGGGUGCAAAAAGAUUGUAGUCAACACCAUAUUGGAGCCUUGAAUAAGCUAAAGGGUCUGCACAUUUGGAAAGAGAUGCCCAAAGGAAGUUCUGCAAGCAGGUAUGAGGUCAAUAGUAACUUCAAAAAAAAUUUGAAAGUUGUUUUGUGUGGUGGUGGAAAGCAACAGCCAGACACUUCAAAAUAUGGUGAAGACAAACAUGGAAGGGAUAUUCCAUUCCUUGAAAAUUAUGCAAAAGAAAGAUGGGAAUCAGUUCUAUAUUACAUGACUGGCUCAACAACUGAAGGAGGUGGAGUGAGUGAAGUUGUAAUCAAUGUUCUCUUGAAAGCUGGACUUCUACGCUUGCAUUCAGAGGAGCGGACCACAUCAAUAACUUCAGCCGGGUUUCAGUUUCUGCUAAUGGAUACUGUUUCACAAGUCUGGUAUUUUAUGUUACAGUACUUGGAAACUUCUGACCAACACAAGGCAGACUUGGUCGAAUGUUUGUCAUUCUUAUUUCAAAUCAGUUUUUCUACCUAUGGGAAAGACUAUUCUGUUGAAGGAUUAAGCGAGAAACAAUUCAACUUUUUACAACAUUUACGCGAAAUGGGGCUAGUUUUUCAACGGAAACGAAAAUCAAGACGAUUUUAUCCUACAAAACUAGCAAUAAAUUUAGGGUCUGUAGUGACAGGCGAAAACAGCACUGAGUCAAAUCAGCACCGUUUUGUUGUUGUUGAAACCAACUAUAGAGUAUACGCAUAUACUGAUUCGACUUUACAGCUUGCCUUGUUGAGUUUGUUUUGCGACAUUUUGUCUCGGUUUCCGAGCUUCUGUGUCGCUGUUUUGAGCAGGGAAAGCGUCCAGCAAGCCUUAGCAAGUGGAAUCACUGCAGAGCAAAUCUUAAAUUUUCUCCGAACUCGGGCCCAUCCUAUUAUGCUAAAUCGAAAUCCUGUCAUCCCGCCAACAAUUGCUGAUCAAAUUAGACUUUGGGAAAUGGAACGGGAAAGACUGCAGUUUACUGAAGGAGUCUUGUAUAGUGAGUUUCUAUCACAAAGCGAUUUUGAGACGCUGCGUAAAUAUGCUGACGAUUUAAAUGUGUUGCUAUGGGCGAACAUGAGUAAGAGGCUAAUGGUUGUAAGCAAAGCUGGUCAUGACGACGUUAAACGGUUCUGGAAGAGACACAAGAAUAAAUAGUCAAUAUUUUUGUAGCUGUUUGUAAUUCCUAUGCAAAAAACGUUGGCGUUUUAUGAAUUUUUGAUAGUUAAAAUAAUUAGCGUUGUUCUAAUACAUUUAUUGACGUCAUCUCCAAAGACAUCAAUAAAGAUUGCUUAAAGUGGCAGUUUAUGACUUCACACAGAGAUGCUAUAGUGGCUGAAGAUAGCCAAAGAUGAAGAGCCUGCGAUAUUCGAGGACGUCAUAUAUUUUUUAAGGUUGGGGGAGUACAUUCUGGAAACCCUCGGUUCAACGACCCCUUGUUUCCCGCGUCAAGUAAUCGUAAAUUCAGUAAACUUUAUAAGAGGGGAUACUAUCCCCUUGAUAAAUGUUAAAUGUAAAGGAAAACUUAUUUAGACUUAAAGCUAGUAAGUUCGCAAAUUCUUUCAUGUUUAGAACCGUAUGUGACAAGUAAGUUAUCCUUAUUCCUACAAUUAUAUGUCAUUAAAUGUUCUGUUAAUGUCUUGGUAAUGUUAAUGUUUGCCAUAAAGCAAUGUUUCAA